AUGUCCACACCCCGAGCCCCGGGGGAAGGAGUCGGCGCCAGCGGGGGCAAAAGUGAGAUGCAAUGUCUGUCUAGCAACUUCAAGUUUCAGGGGGCUGCAAGCGAUGCGAGUUCAGGGCAAGUCCUACAGACCCUUUGCGUCAUGUACCGCUGCUCCUCACGGGUCCUGGCAGAGCCAGAGGAGAACUUCGUUCACCGAGUGGAGCGGCUGUUGGACAACGAGCUCGUCAGGUUUGUGAUCUCGCAGCAGCAGCAGCUGUCUGCAAAGAACCAGGCCACGGGCAGCAUGAUGCUGGCAGAAAGCAUGAUCUUCAAAGAUGCUCGAACAGGCAACAUCCGCAGCCGGUCCAAAGGCAACAUACAAGAAAGGGAACAAAGAGAGAUCGACGAGGACUCUGAUCACGAGGACAUGGACGUCCUCUCCAACGCCGGAGCUCGUCCAGGCAAUUGGUCCAGCGAAAUAUCUCGCACUUCAAGCGGCGACUCUGCAGAGAGGAGAAACGGUGAUGAGCCACAGCGCGUGCUCAAAGCACCGUUCUUCCGGUCAUGGGAGGACUUCAUGGAGUUCGACAACAACUUCAAGCACAAGAUCCCGAUCACGCAGAGCGAUUUCUCCCUCUUGCUGGAGAAGGAGGCGCAAAACAUGCAAGGCUGGGAUAUGUGCGUUGACCGCAAGGAGAUCAAGGUUGCCAAGACGCUGCAAUCUGAUGGCGGUGGCUGCAUUUUCUUGCGUGCUUGGUCGUCGCUACCGGAUGUGGAGUUGCCGGUUGUAUUCCACAUGUUCUACCGAUGUGAGAAGCGUAUGGAGUGGGACCGGGCAUUCUUUGACAUGAAGGUCCUCGACCAAAUCGAGGGCUCUGACAUUCUCUACAGCGUGUUGCGAGUCCCCGCAUGCACGCCCCGCGACUAUGUCCAGUACCGGCGGGUGAAAGUCUUAGAGGACGGAUCAAUUCUCAUCAGUCUUCGCUCGGCCAUCCACCCCGACAUGCCGGAGAAAAACGGGUACAUUCGUGCCGAGUCGUUCACUUCCGGCUACGUCAUGCGCCGAUACGACGACGGGAAGGAGAAGGGUACCAAAGUUUUUCUGAUGACAAUGACCGAUGUGAAGGGGAUCAUCCCGAAGUGGAUGAUCAACUUCGUCGCUCCUCGGAAGCCCGGAGAGUGGAUUGACAGCCUGAAACGAGCGUGCCUCGACUAUCAGAAUGCCAAUCCAGACUACCCAAAGCUUGAGAAGGAUCUGGAGCCCUUCAAGCACAACCAUCCUUUUGACUACGAGGACAUGACCUUGGACACGUCCCUUGCUGGAGAUCUUGCAACUCGGAAACAGUCCCCGUCGGCUGGUGCAGGGGAUUUUGCUGACGAUCCCGUGAUAGCCUUCAAAAGGACCCUCUGUCCCUCCCCGCGACACAAAGCGGUACAGAAGGCCAUGGCUGAGGAGGAGGCGGCGGAGGUGCCGCCAGAGCCCGUGCCUCCUCUGACAGAAGAGGAGCUGGAAGCACGUGCCGCAAUCUUUGAAGAGCUCUUCAAGGAUCAUCCAGCUUUGGAGGUGAAGCAAAAGUCCAUGGCCGAACGGAAGGAGAAGGAGGCGCCUCCGCCUCGAGAGGAAGGCGAGGAUGCGCCAGAGGUGGUCGAGGUGCCUGAACCCAACAUCGCCCUUGCCUAUAGCGAGCUGAGCUUCUCUGUGAUGGAUCGCUUCGUGAACCUCGUGAAGGAGAAAUGCGGACCCCUUUUCCCGAAUCGAGGUGUCUUUUUGGACUUGGGCAGUGGCGCCGGCAAGAAUUGCUUGGCAGCUGCACUGCUCCAUCCCUUCCAGAAGAUCAUCGGCGUCGAGACGCUUCAGAGCCUCAACGACGUCGAGGCUGCGGUGCAGGCAAAGUUUGCAGAGGUGGAACUGCCAGAAGGCAUGACCAAGCCGGAGCUGAGCUUUGUGAAGGGUGACUUCGUGGCAGAGUUCGACUCGGUCUUGGAGGCAAUUGCCCCGGAGGUAACGUUUGCGGUUGUGGUUGCCACGACCUUCGGAGACCCGGAAAUGCAAGCGGUGGCAAAGCUUGCUCAGAAGAUGCCCGAAGGCGCCUGCCUCAUGACAGUCACUCAGAAGCUGGAGGACGCGCUGGUCGUGGAUGUGAACCGCGAGCCGCGGAAGCGUCGGGCCUUGGCCACCCGAAAGGCCCUGGCCCAAAGAGGAACGGAGCCGAAAGGCAUUGAGAUUGAGCUCGAAGCUGCCGAGAACGAUCCGAACGGAUGGAGGUUGAAGCAUUCCGACUCCUUGGAGCUGGAAUGGGGCACCACCUCAUGCUAUCUUUACAAGAAGUACACGUAUCCGUUCUGCGAUGUCGGGGACAUUUGCAUGGCCACACCACUUCCGGAGAUAGAGGACCAGACGGUGGCUCCAGCUUACUUCCUUGGACCCGCAAAAGUCAGGUACAUGGAUGACUUGGCCGAGAAGGAAGUUGAAGUCAGCAAGGUCUCCCCCUUCUGCGAGGAGAGCCGAAAGAAAGCAGUCAAGCUGUUCCUUCAGAAGGUGGAGGCAGCGAAAGCCAAGGCUGCGCAAACCGAUGACCUCGCGGCGCAGGCGCUGGCAACGGUGAGGCAGGAGGUUGAGACCUUUGCGGCGGACGGAAAGCUGCCCUACAAGCUGGAAGAGGAGUCUCCUACGUUGGCAUUGCUGUCACAUCUGACGUCUGCAUACGGCCUGCCGGAAGACGAGAAGGUCAACGCCUUUGCCGGAGAGCGCUGGAUCGCAGCCUGUGAGGAACUCGAUCCUGAUGCGACAGGCGCAAUCGCCGAAGACCAGCUUGUGCCAGUGUGGCAGAAGGUGAAGGCUGCGUUUGUCAGCAUGGCCGAAAGCAGGACGCAGGGAGACGCCUUGGUCCAGCUGGGUUCACAACUUCAGAAGGCAGCAGGAUUGCCGCAGGACCACAAGGCAUCGGCGGCCUUGAUGCCCUUGCUGGAGGUGCCUGUGAGAGCUAGUUCGGAGGUGACCGACUUGGUGACCCUAGGCAGCUCCGCUUUGGCAUUGCAGCGUGAUGGGACGCUUCUGAUCCACGAUCUUUCCGGGAGCUACGCAGAAACGUUCCGGCUGCAACUACCCGCAGAUCACGGUGCCAGGUGGCUUGGCCUUUGCCCAGCUGGGGGGCGAGAGAUGUUGCUGGUGGGCAGCGUGCAUCAUGGCAACGAGCUUGCGGUGUGGAGGAUGAGUCUGCCGCUUUGGAUGUGA